GAAAAAAGUAAAGACUCGAUUGUACCGUGAGUGAGAAUAGAAGUGCUCUCUUGAGUGUGCGCCCGCGGACGGUUUUUGCGGUUGGUAAAAAGGUAAAAAUUCGACUUAAUUCCGCUAGAUUUUGCAAUAAUCGGUUAGCUUAGCGUCCGGACGACGAUUUGCGCUAAUUUCCACGGGGAAAACUGACCGAUUAGUGGGCAAAAAUCCGUUAGGAAAAACCACGGUGCUUCGCGUGUGGAAAAUCGACAUUUUGAUUUUGUGCGUCGUGCUCCGGAAUAGAGACCGAAAAAAAUAGAGUGGUGUGGUGUAGAGAGGAGAACGGAGAUUGUGGCACAGGAGAACGGAUCUAAUCCAGAUAGAAGGUAAAACAACAGAAAACGAAGGAAAAAUGUCUGGAAAUACGUGCUUCAAGUGUGACCGGCCGGGACAUUAUGCCCGUGAUUGCCAGAACGUUGGCGGCGGAGGUGGCGGUGGCCGCCCGGGAGGACCCCGCGACAGACAAUUCGGCGGUGGUGGCGGCGGACGGCGCGAGAAGUGCUACAAAUGCAACCAAAUGGGACACUUUGCACGUGACUGCAAGGAGGAUCUGGACCGUUGCUACCGCUGUAACGGAAGCGGCCACAUCGCCCGUGACUGUAGUCUCUCACCAGAUGACUCUUGCUGCUACAACUGCAACCAGAGCGGUCAUCUGGCGCGCAACUGCCCGGAGAAGAGCGACCGGGACAUGAACGUGUCGUGCUACAACUGCAACAAGAGUGGUCACAUCUCGCGGAAUUGCCCCACCGGGGACAAGAGCUGUUACAGCUGCGGCAAGAUUGGCCACUUGAGUCGCGACUGCACAGAGAACAAGGGUCGCGAUUAGAAGUCGGGUUAUGCGUCGUCGUGGUGCGUCAGCAGCAGCAGCAACAACAAUGCUAAUAUUAACAACAACAACAAUACUGUCGGCAGCAGCAACGUUUUAAACCACAGCAGCAGUUUGAACCACAUCAAUAAUAAUAAUCAUACCAACAACAACAAUAAUAACAACGGUGCGGCAAUGGCCGGUUACUAUCGCUUGCCUCCGCCCUUGCCGCCCCUGCAAUCUGCCGCCGAACAACAAAAGCAGCAGCAACAACAACAUCAACAGCACCUAUUCGGUGGCCUGAAUCCGUUCCAGAACCAUCUUCACCAGUCCCAUGGCCAACAUCAUCAUCAACAGUUUCCUACUUAUUCCGCCGAGAAUGCGCUCAAAGUAACGCCCCCGCAACAGAAUGCUGCCUUUCUGCUGCACCAACAACAUCAACAGCAACAGCAGCAUCAUAAGAACUCUUACUACAACAGUGCAUCGUCUCCGAUUGGGGCCCAUCUGGGGCAUUACACCGCUGCGACCAUCGUUUCUGGGUCCAAUUCCGGAUCCAGUGGCGGAACAGGUGGAGGAGGAGGGACUAGUGCUGCCGCCGCCGCUGCUGCUGCCACCCUUCACGCAAGCAAACCACGAUUCAAGUUAUAAUAUACACUUUGAUAACAAAUGAUUAUAAAUAAUAAUUGAACGAAUGAUACACACUAAAAGAAGUUUGAUGAAAUCAAAAAAAAAAAUAAGGAAGAGGAAGCAGAGCAAGGAGUAAAUUAUCUUUCACAAAAAAAAAUGGAGAAAACAUAAAACACUAGAAACCAACCAUUUAAUAUACACACAACACAAACACACUCACUUAAAAGAGAGGAGGCGGGGAAAAUUGUUUUUUCCUACAUUUUUUUACGUGUUGUUUCAAAACUGUACGAAACCGCCUAAAUUAUACCCUACAAAUAUAAUAUUCAUUUUUUUUUUGUUCGUAUGGAGAGAGUAAAUAAAGAGGCCAGGAGAGAGCAGAACCCCAUUGAAAGGUUUAAUGCAACAACACGUUCGUCUUUUUUUAUGUUCGUUUAUUUCCAUUUUAUUUGUUUCUACUUUAAUCUUAACAACUAUUUAGGUUAAGAUUUUUAGAGGGUGGUAGUAAACCAGAAACACGUUCUGUUCACGUGUCGGAAAUUGAUUCUUGUUUGUGGCGCUUGGUUCCAAACCGUUGGGAAAACCCCUUCUGAUCGUACGGAUAUAUGUUUCUGUCGUAGGUCUAAAUAUUCUACAAGGUCGAUUUGAGCAAAACUGUUUAAGGAGUUAAGGGAAAAUGUUGCGAUUCCUUUCGUGUCGGAACAGAAGCUGCUUUGGCGUCGUUAGACCGCAUGGGCUUUUGAGGAAGCUUAGUAUUUUCGAAGUUUACCCUAAAAGACCCAUAAACUGGGCCUAACUCGAACGACAGCAAUAACUUGAAUAGAUCGUUUGGUAGGUUAUUAGAUUCUUCAUUAAAUAUGGCUUGAACAUGAAUCAAUCUUAUAUGAUUAGUGCAAAAACGUUGGUUCAUAAUUACGGGGCAUUGGAAACCAUAUCAAAGUUAUGAAUCAAGGAUAAGACGAUUCCACAAGAAACGCCGAAAUGUAUGCUUUCACUAAUACACCAUUCAUAUACCUCGUUGAUAAAUUGCUGUUAUAGUGUUCUGAUCCAUAGUAUGAGUCGAUUUGAUCCUAUUCCACUGAUCCACAUCUGUUGGAAGGACAAUGUUUGAAAUGUAUAUCGAAAUCGAUACGAUGCUUUUUCAUAAUUACCCGCACAUUUAGAGGUGCAAUGCAAUGCCAGGGAGGUAAUUUUGUUUUGUGCAGCAUCACCGUACCGUUCAAUCAUGUUUUGUUCUGAAAAAUAACCCUUAGUUGAUUCAUAACUGUAUCUAGUAACACUAUUUGAAAACUUCAUAUUUUCGCAAAUUUCAAUGUGACAUGCUACUACAAAUGUUUCGGGUCAUGUAGAUUGCAAAUAUGUGCUUCACAUAGGUACUACCUUGACGCAAUGUAAUUAGAUCCCAGAUUCCAAAUACGAUUUGUCAAUAUGCAUGACAACCUUCUCAAGUAUAUUCUCAAUGUUUACGUUUGGCAGUUACACAUGUUACACUAGAUAUGGUCAUGAUGAUACUUUGGAUUGAGGCUGCCCUGAAUGUAAAGCCAUUUGGCAUAAUCGAUCAAAUGACCGUUAGGCAAACAACCAUUAGGCAUAAUUGUUUGAUAUAGUUAAAUGAAUGGCUUUAUGUCAAAUGAUUACAAACUGAACCCAUUACCCAAUAGUUUGCUGAAAUUUGCCGAGUUGAAGUGUUCAGCAAUCAAAAUAACUGAAAAAUUUAGCAACUUUUUUCUAGAACAGUUCAGCAAUAUUUUUUUGAUUCCAGCGAAAAAAAAAGAUGGUUUGUAAGCCAUUUGCUUACAUGUUGAACUCUACUUAAAAACUAUUAAUAAUCUUGGUUUAACUUAACGCUAUCAAAACAUUCGAAAAGCGUUAAAAAUAAAAUUCUAGAAAUCAGGUAAGUGUUUUUAGUUCCGUGCGGUCCAUCACAAAAGUUACCGAACCCAUGAGGUCUAACGAUCGACUCUUGAAUUGAAAAGAAAUCACGAACUACGUUCAUUAUGCGCUUAAUUUAAGAGGGGGGUUUAUAAUUUCAUCAACAACCCCACACGCGUAAACUGUGAGGUCAAUUCUGCCGCGCAUUGUUACACUGAUAAUCGCUAGCUUAGGAACCUGAAUUAACACAUUUUUUUUUCGUAGAAAAAUAAGCUUAAGACUAAUUAUUAAUCGGAACCCUCAAAGGGUGCGCUGAAUGAUGAUGACCAACACUAAUUCGAUUCGUCCCUCUAGUUGACCUAUUUAGGACUUUUGUUUGAUUCUCUUCGUAAUCCUCCCGUUAAUCACUACUACUCACACAUUACACAAACAUAAUGCAACGCUAAGUUUGACAUAGACAAAAGAUUUAACGUUUAUAAAUUGAAUUGGGAAACAUUUAAGAAAAUUACAAACAAAAAUCAUAGAUCUUUGCGUCGUAUUAGUAUAAAGCAAGCAAAAUAUUUACUAAAUAAAAAUUGAUUGAACAAAAUAUGAAUCUAAUGAACAAAAUCUAUAAACACUGCAAAAGGAAAUAAGAAAUCCAGAUUUUAGUGUCGAUAAACGUCUAUAUACUAAAAACAAGCAAAAUGUAAUCGUACAAAAAACGAACAAAACCAGAAGCAGAAUAAGACGCGGAGAAGAAGGAAAGCAGGUAACAUUAAGAAGCAAACCGAAAGAGGGAGAUGGGAAAAGAGCGGUCAAAACUAUGGAAAACUUAAAAAGGAAACCAGUGAAUUGCAGUGCCCGGACGAUGAGAACAAAAAGUAAACGGGAAAGUGAGAGGCAGGCAGGAGAAAAAGGUACACACAAAAACACGAUUCAAGCUAUGUUAUUCUUUUUUAAACUGUGAUAACAGCCAAAUCUUGAAGCAAAGAACGACGAGAAACGUACGGAAAGCAGGAGAACUAAUUAAACGUAGAACUACGGAAGCAACGUUCAUACACAAAUAUAUAUAUUUUUUUCUCUCUAGGACUAGGGAUUCUGAGCAACCACGCCGUCCCGACCCCGGAAGGUUGCUUUUCGGCAGCGAACUUUUAGAAAUACAAGCAUGUUACAAAUUUAAAAGAGGGUAAAAUCUACAAAAUAUGGGGAAACUCAAAGUUUCACGAAAUUUCGGUUCGGUGGAAGCCGUUUCCUUAGCCGUCCUCGCAUUUACAGAAGGAAAAGCGGGAAGGAGUUUCCCACAAUCUGUGCGGUUUGGGUCAUUUAACCGAAAUGCCCCACAAUCCGACGCAAAUGAUCGGAAACUCUCUUCGAGCGACACAAACCGUGGAAGCCUGACAAUGAAGCAACUAUUACGUGUUAUCGUUUUAUGAUAACGUUGUCACUUUGUUUAAAUCGCAUUUUGUUCACCUUUUAUACAAACACUAACAAAACCAGAAGAAAAGGAGACGGAACUUAAAGCUACUUACAGUAAUUUUUAAACUCACGCGAAGACCCCCAGGUGGCGAGGAAGGCGAGCAAAUUAACGCAAAUAACAAAAAUAAUGCAAAGAGUACCUUUAAAACGAAAAACAAACGAUUAAUUUAAAAAAGAAACGAGAGAUAUUUUUACAAAUUGAAGAUAACACAUUUUUCGUGUGACCAAAAAGUCGUAAAUGUAAUUGCAAGAAAGCUAACCAGAGUUGGACAGUCAGUGCGGCGCUACGAAGCGUACAAUUCUAAUAUUCCUAAGUGCUCAAAGUGAAAGACGAAAUGGCGAACAAAGAGAACCGGAAGGAGAAAAUACGUUCUUAGGAGGUACUUACCAAAACAAAAUCAGCGAAAGCAAGAGAAGGUAACCUUCUCAAAUCUCAGGAACCGAAAUUCCCUUUUGUCGAUUUCUAAAAUCGGCCCUAAAAAGGGAAUGGAGGCAUGACGAGAGAGGAGAUAGU